GAGCGAGAGAGGGGGCGCUCGCUCCUGCUCUCUGACCCCAGUGGCAGCUCCGACUCACUGCACUCCGGCUCCCCCCGACACGCCGAGGCUGCCUGCCCGCUCUCUCUCUCCCAGUGUCUCUCGCUCUCCGCUCCGGCUCGCUACCCACUCGCUCUCCUCCUGCUCCGGGUUCUUUCCACGGGAGCCAGCCGAGGUCCCGCCGGGUCGAAGGUUCUCGCCUCUGCCCGCCUCAAGCCUUCUGCAAACCCCCCCCCCGCCAGCUCCAGCCCUGGACGGCCGCUGAGGAGAGCCACCGCCGCAUGGACCCGAGUCCCUCCGCUUCCUCCUUCUCUUCUUCUUCUGCUUCUUCUUCUUCUUCUUCUUCUUCUGCCGCCGCUUCUUCUUCUCCUUCCCCGGCGUAGAGGGCGACCCCGACCCCGGCACUCGUCUCUCUCCGGCCGGAUUAAAACCCAAAGAGGAGGAAGGAGGGAGGGAGGAACGCAAGCCCCUCCAGGACGAAGAUUGCAGCGUGUGUCGGUCGUGUCGGUCGGCCGGGAAGCUGCUGCCGGCCCAGCCGCCGCCGCCCCUGCUGCUGCUGCUGCUGGGAGAAUUCCUGGGCUUCUUGAGCGGCUCCGAAGGAUGACCGCCGCACGGCUCGUUGCUGAAUCCCGGUGAACGAGCGGCGUCUCAUGUCCAAACGGCGGAAGGAUGGCUCAUGGCAAAGUGACCAUCACUGUGGACGAGUACAGCUCCAACCCCACGCAGGCCUUCACGCAUUACAACAUCAACCAGAGCCGCUUCCAACCUCCCCAUGUCCACAUGGUAGACCCCAUUCCUUAUGACACUCCAAAGCCGGCGGGACACACCAGGUUCGUGUGUGUUUCCGACACGCACUCGCGCACGGACGGCAUCCAGAUGCCCUACGGCGACGUGCUGCUCCACAUGGGCGACUUCACGGAGCUUGGCCUGCCGUCCGAGGUCAAGAAGUUCAACGACUGGCUAGGUGGCCUUCCGUACGAGUUCAAGGUGGUGAUCGCCGGGAACCACGAGCUGACCUUCGAUAAGGACUUUAUGGCCGAGCUGGUCAAGCAGGAUUACUACAGAUUCCCUUCGGUCUCCAAACUCAAACCGGAGGACUUUGACAAUGUCCAGUCGCUCCUCACAAACUGUGUGUACCUGCAGGACUCGGACGUCACCAUAAAGGGCUUCCGGAUAUACGGCACGCCAUGGACUCCAUGGUUUAACGGCUGGGGGUUCAACCUGCCUCGGGGCCAGUCUCUGCUGGAUAAAUGGAACCUCGUCCCCGAGGGCAUCGACAUCCUGAUGACCCACGGACCUCCCCUCGGUUUCAGAGACUGGGUUCCUAAAGAGCUGCAGCGGGUCGGCUGUGUGGAGCUUCUCAACACGGUCCAGAAGCGAGUGCGACCCAAACUUCAUGCUUUUGGAGGCAUUCAUGAAGGGUACGGGAUCAUGACGGACGGCUACACGACGUUCAUCAACGCGUCGACUUGCACGGUCAGCUUCCAGCCCACCAACCCCCCCAUCGUGUUCGACCUGCCCAACCCCUCCAGCUCCUGAGACCAGAUCACCGGAGACUGGGAGCGCCGCGGGCCUUCGAGGAACGACCUCUUUUCUAUAAAUAUUUCAAGUUUAAAACAAUAAAAAAAAAAAGAAGGAUCCGAUGUUUGUUUCUUUGCAAUUUUUUAUUUUUUUCUUUCCUCCAAACUGUUGGUGGGACGGAGGAGAAAAUACAAGGGUUGGGGUUGGGGUGGGGGGUUUAAAGGAGAAUACCGGUGUUUUUGUUGUUGAUUUUCUUUUUUCAAUCUGUGCCAACAGUCCGGGUGUCUGGCCUGGAAUCACUCCGUCAUAUUGCUUUCCUGUUUGGUUUGAAAGACAAUGAGAUGAGCUGUUUUUUCCGCUGAGCCGAUAGGACGCUCCGUUUCUGUGAGCCACAGCGAGAAGGCGAACUAAUCCUUUAAAAAGACCUUUCCUUCGUGCCAAAUGGAAUAAACGCACAGCAGAAAUAUAACUUUUUAUUUUUCUGGUCCCGCCUUCAUCACGUUUUCAGGUUGUUCGUAAAAACCAGCAGAACCUUGGAGUCUGUCCCACACCGGUAUCCUCCUUUUCCUUGAGAUUUUGUGGCUAAACAAUCUUGCUCUUGAUAAAUAUUGGUCAUAACUGUAAAAUAAAUGAUGCUAUGUGAAUUUGUACAAUUUCUUUUACGUUUGGUUUGGCCAGACAAUGGAUGCCAUUGUUUUCCGUUGUGUCAUAUGAAAAAUAUUUGGUUUCUUUUUGCGCUUUUUUUUUUUUUUCUUUUUUCGUCUAUUCUUCUUGUCUUAUUGGCUGACAGGGACGCUGCCUUAAACUAGCUUUAAUGUUCUCAGCUAGAGCCCCGAUUCUCUGCAAGCUCAGAGGAAAAGUCCUUAUUUAUUACCCAUCAUCCUCGCAGAAGAACGCCCGACGAUCGCAGGGACGGAAAGUUAUCGAUUUACAGCCACAACCAUCACUUUUUGAUCAAGGCUCUCUCAUCUAAUUUGGAAAAUGUAAAAUAGCAUAUAUAUAAAUUAUAUAUUCAUCUUUUAAAACGUCUGUACUAAAGUUGUGUUUGACAAAGAAGAAAGAAAAUGUUUUUUGUUUUUUUUCUGUACCUUCAAUGCUUGCAUCAUCCGACGCUUCUUUUCAUGUUUUAGUAGAAACUGAUUUUAUAUGAGAGGAAAAUGUGUUGCUCACAAUCCAACAGGUGUUGAUUGAUCCCCUGCAACACACCUGCCUAAACAUGGAUAAAAUGUCCUUUUAAAGUGUAAAAUCUGAUUAUGAGUAUUUGUGUUUUGUUGCUUUUUUUUUUUUUUCUAAUUUUGCACUGUGUGUAAAUGCAAUCUUGCUAGCACAAAAAAAAAAAAUGUUGCCAAUAGUCGUCUCAAGUCGUUUUCAACAGCUGUAAAUGCUCUUUUUCGUGCUCUCUCUCGCGCUCUUUCUCUGAUUGUAUCCCUCUUCAUGGAAAUGUUAGUUCUCUCUUUCAGUUUAUUGUGAUAUAUUUAGCUGCCUUUAUAUGCAAAUAAAAUUGCAAGAUUUU